GAGUGAGUCACUGCUGAGUAUUGAAAUGAGGUUUCUCGCGUGCAUGAGAGUCAGUCGCUGGACCACUGAUGAAUGCAAGAUGAAGCUGAUUCCAAGUCUUUUGCUGCAUUUUCUUUGGAGCCUCCACGUCAGCUCAGAGGACACGCCAACCUUUGGAUCUAAGAAUAUCCCAAGACUUCUGAGUCAAGAAGUCAUCAGCAGAAAAGUUCUCCACCCAGCCUAUCAAAACCACACAGUUUUAUUUUAUCAUGAAGACUCUGGGGAGACAUACGUAGGAGGAACUGACUUUGUGUUCCAGCUUGACUUGGAUCGCUAUCAAAUUGCUCAGGAAAUCCAUCUGGAGGCUACGGGGGAAGAGCCGUGGCAGGAGGGCCCUCGCCAAUAUGUCAUCACUGUCAUCGAGAAGUUUGGGGACAGUCUGUUUGUCUGCGGGACCAACGGACAAAGGCCUCACUGUUGGAAGCUUGGAAGUUCUGCCACUGACAAGAUUGAGCAUCAGGAAGGGACGGGAAUCUCACCGUUUUCGUACACGCAGAACUCACUGUCCCUCACAGUUGAGGGCGAUCUAUACGCUGCCGCACCGCUGGAUACUGAUGGAAGCUCCUUGCAGUUCAGAAGGAAAGCAGGCAGGAGAGCCAAAGUCUGGAUGUACGACAGUUGGGUCUCAGAGCCCACAUUUGUCUCUGCCUCCUGGGUGAAGCGUAAAGACGACCCCGAAAAUGAAAAGAUCUACAUCUUUUUCCGUGAAAAGAACUCUGACCAAAACCCGGAAGCUGAUCCGUGGAUUUCCAGAGUGGCCAGAGUUUGCAAGACUGAUGAAGGCGGAUCAAAGCGAUUUUUCCAGAACACGUGGACAUCUUUUCUCAAGGCUCGACUGGUGUGCGGCUUUCCAGAAGAGUCCCUGUAUUUCAACCGGCUGCAGGACGUCUACGUGCAGCACGCCCCAGACUGGCGGGACACAAGGGUUUAUGCCCUCUUCACCAGCAGCUGGAACGCCACUGCAGUCUGUAUUUAUUCCAUGGAAACCAUUGAAGGCAUUUUUAACAACUCCACCUUCAAGGGCUAUGACAAGGCUGUUCCACAACCAAGGCCAGGAACUUGCGUACGCAACAGCCGCCUACUGCCGCUAGCCACCGUCAGCGUGGUGAGAGAUUAUCCCGAAAUGAGCGACUGGGUCCACUCUGUGCACUACACCAGUCCUUUCUACGUCAGCAACGAUAACUACACCAAAAUAGUCGUGGACCGAGUCCAGGCGGCUGACCUGAGCGCCUACAAUGUUCUGUUGCUGGCCACUGACUCCGGGAAGAUCCAUAAAAUUUUAGAGUCCGGAUCGGAACCUUUCAUCAUCUCCCAAACGGAAAUCUCAAGUCAGUCCAGCAUACAGUCGAUGAAACUGGACUCUAAAAAGAAAAAACUGGUGGUGAGUUUCGCAGAGAAAAUCUCGGUGGUGGACCUCCGGAGUUGUGAUGAGUAUAACAAAUCGUGCGCAGACUGUGUUCUGGCUCGGGACCCCUAUUGUUCCUGGACUCAUUCUGGAUGCACCCCGACUGUCCCUGAGGGCAUUCAAAAUAUUGUUGAUGGGAGAACAAACGUGUGUUCUGCAACCACAUCAGAACAUAAUCAAGUCAACCGGACCAGACGAAACGCCGCACCGCCCGUAGACGACGAUUUCUUGAUUCUGCCCGCUGUGCCCAUGGGUGUCCCUUUCUACCUGUCGUGUCCCAUUGACUCUUACCACGCCGUCUACACGUGGAAACACGGUGACCAGAGCAGGCCUUGCCUCCAGAUGCACUCCAACUGCCUGCUCCUCAUCCCCGCCAUGAGCCGCGAGAGCUACGGCAACUAUGACUGCGUCUCGGAAGAGAGGGACCACGUCAAGGUGGUGAAGAGAUAUCAUCUCACCGAGCAAGAUGGCCGACGUACCAAGGGCGACCGAGCUUCAUCCACAAAGUGAGUCAGUGCUCUGGACUUCUUGUUCACAAACAGUGAGUCUCGCACAUGUUGAGACAGGUGGUUUAGUCCACAAGGAGCAGUGCAGUCUGGCUCUCUUCCAGCCUAUUGGGCGAGUAUAUUGUGUGCACCCCCCGAGUCCUUGGGUGAAUCUCUUUGUUUUGUUCCCCACCACCACCUACCUACCUACCUCUGCUGAGAACAACUCACGGACAAGGAGGCCUUUGUAAAACGUGCAAUAAGACAGCCUUUGUUACUGAAAACCUUCUCAAUGAUAUCGAUUUUAUUUCAACUACUUAUGUUUACUGCACUAUCGUUUGGAUAUUUUUGUAUAGAUGUUUAGAUUAAUAUGAAUUAUAAAGUAUAUUUAUUAGCAAAUUACAUUUUGGUACAAAUCUUUGAAUUACGUCUAUCGAAAUGCAAAAAUGUUCUUAUGUGGCACCGCUCGUCUAAACAUGGUGUUCU